AUGGGCCUGAAAAUACUCAUCAAUGGGGCUGGAAUUUGUGGACCAGCGCUGGCUGUCUUUCUUCUACGUUCCGAUCCAUCAUACACGAUCGCUGUUGUUGAAAGAUCGACUGAGCUACGAACAGCGGGACAGCAGAUCGAUCUUCGAGCACAGGGCAUCCCGCUCAUGAAGAAGUUGGGCCUGUUGGAAAAGGUUAAGGAGCGCACAGUGGUCGAGAGUGGGCUGGCCUUUGUCGACUCAAAUGACAAGGUCAAGGCAGUCCUGGGCGUGAACGACUCAGGCAAGGGUCAGCAGUCCUUUACAUCCGAGUACGAGAUCAUGAGAGGCGACUUGGUCGAUAUUUUGUACCAAGAAAGCUUGGACGUGGGCAAGCAGGUCAAGAGAGAUGGUGGUAAGGGAGGUGUCAACUACGACUUCGGAAAAUAUGCCACGAAACUCACGCAGGACGAUACGGGCGUCGACGUUGUCUUUUCCGAUGGGACAAGUGACCGCUUUGAUCUUGUCGUGGGUUGCGACGGGCAGGGUAGUCGAACGCGAAGACUGACUUGGGGAGAUGAAUUGGAAAAGGAUAUUUUCAAGUCUCUCGGGGCGUAUAUUGCAUUCUUCACGAUACCAGCAACGGGCCAGGAGGAUAUUGGCAAGAUCUUCCACAUGCCCAACUACCGUGUGAUCUUCACAAGGACGGGAGAUCGGCCAGUUACCCAGGUCUGCCUCGCAACGAUGAAUAUUACAAAAGAAUUGGAAGGUUGCAGCAACAAGACAAUCAACGAGCAAAAGGAGGUAUGGAAGAAAUUGUUUGGAGACUGUACGUGGCAGCACGAAAGAUUGCUCGAAGGUCUCGACAAGGCCGAGGACUUUUAUAUGAGCCACGUUGGCCAGGUCAAGAUGGACUCGUGGUUCAAAGGGCGCGUGGUCCUGGCGGGCGAUGCCGGAUACUGCCCAACGCCAUUUACGGGCCAGGGAUCGACAGCUUCUCUUGUCGGAUCCUACAUUUUGGCGGGCGAGCUGACGAAGCACAGCGACAACAUUACUGCUGGCCUCGAAUCAUACAACAGAGUCUUGAGGCCGUACGUCGACGAGAUGCAGAAACUCGUGCCUGGCACUCCGAAUAUCUUAUAUCCCAAGACGGAAUUCGGAAUAUGGGCGCUACAGACAUUUCUCGGCAUUUUCACGACGCUCAAAAUUGACAAAGCAAUCAACAUGAUGCUACCGGAAGGCAAAGGCGGGUUGGUGAUACCACAAUACGAAACACUCAAACUGCCUGGCGUUGCAGCAAGCUGA